AUGCAUCAUCCGGAUACUAUUUACUUUGUCGAUGAACACCCCCUGCCCUCCGUUGAGGAGUUGUUUGCAAAUGUGGCAGGUGGUGAGAAGUUUACAAAAAUUGACCUGUCUCAAGCUUAUUUGCAAUUAGAGGUCAGUGCGGACGAUCAGGAGAUUCUCACGUUCAGCACUCAUUUGGGAUUGUACAGAUCGACAAGGCUGAUGUACGGUAUCAGCUCGGCACCUGCGAUUUGGCAACGUUUGAUGGAGGAGGUGCUGAAUGGAAUCCCGGGGGUAACAGUUUUUCUAGACGAUGUUCGAGUUACAGGGUUAUGCAAAUACAACAUGCGGAUUAACCUUGACAAGUGUCAGUUCUUUGCUGAUCGCAUAGAAUAUUGCGGUUACUUAAUCGACCGAGACGGAAUACACAAGGUGCGAAGUAAAAUUGAUGCUAUGCAGAAUAUGCCAGUUCCUGAGAAUAAAGACCAGGUGCGUUCAUUCGUUGGAUUGGUCAAUUACUACGGUCGAUUCUUUCCACAUCUGAGUACAACUAUUUAUCCGUUAAACCGUCUUCUACAAAAUAACGUGAUAUUCAAGUGGACUAAGGAAAGUAACGAUGCGUUCCUGAAAGUGAAGGAAGAAAUGCAAUCAGAACGAUUCUUGGUGCAUUACAGUACGGAGUUACCUACAAAGCCACUGGACAACGUAGUUGAAGAAGUCGAUUUGUUAGAGGUUAAUAUAAUCGAAACGCUUUCUAUAAGAGUCGAGGAUUUGGCAAAAUCAACGCCUUUGGAUUCAACAGUGAAAAUUCUGCUACAAGGGUUGAAAAAUGGAAAAACGGUAGAUGCACGUGACCGUUUCGGCAUCGAUCAAAUCGAGUUCGCCUUACAACAAGGAUGCAUUAUGCGGGGAAAACGUGUGUCCGUCCCACCUGAGCUACGACCGAACGUAUUGAAAGAAUUGCACUCUACAAACUUUGGUACAAAAAGAUUGAAGUCGCUCGCCAGAGGAUAUGUCUGGUGGGAGCGAAUUGAUAAGGAAAUCGAGGAGCUCGUACGGAACUGUGCGAGUUGUCAAAUGACUCGUCCGGAGGCUGUGAAAGUGCCGCUACACUGUUGGGAAACCCCAAAAGAACCAUUCGAAAGAGUGCACGUCGAUUUUGCGGGUCCAUUCAUGGUAACAUACUUUAUUGUUUUUGUUGAUGCGUAUAAAAAGUGA